CAUUAUCAAGUUCAUUCGGCUUCAAGUCUUCUGUUGCUCCGGUUUAUUCACUUCACAAUGGCUGUACUGGGAUUGGUGCUGCUGUAUGCUCUGGGAAACCUUCAUGGCUCAUUUGCGGGAGUGCAAGUCAAUCCGGUAACCGGAUACGACCGCUGGCCCAACAAUAUCAUCCCAGUUCGGACCACCGGAAUUACCAACGCGUAUCCCGAGUAUCCCGUGCUCCAGAAUGCUAUGAACCAGAUUUCCCUGGAUUUGGGCUACUGCGUCAACUUCACGAUCUACAACCAGAACGUUAAUGCCGGUCAGCCCAAUCUGGUUCUGCAGAACCGCUACACCGGCUCAACAACGACGGCCAACAUCUGUACUACCUUCCCCGGCUACACCGCCGCUGGUGGUGUCAACGGUCAAGUAGCCAUCAUGUUCGGCUCACAGACCGGCCCCACCAUCGGCGGUUGCCUGGACAAUCAGCGCGACGCCAUGCGCAUCCUGGUCAACGCGAUGGGUCUCCGCAGCGAAUUCCUGCGCGACGAUCGCGCCGCGUACAUGACCUUUCCCACCCUGGUUGACCGCAACAGCCUGGUCUCAACGACCCUGCAGCAGUACAAUAUUUUUGCCGAUACCAACCGGUACAAUACCAGCGUGGCCAUUACCAGAACACCUUUUGACUACAACUCCAUCACCAUGAUUACCGGAUCGCGGUAUGCGGGCACCAGUACACCCGUCUUCACCAUUCCCAGCGGUACACAAGUGGGGCAAUUGGCACGACUGAGCCUGCAAGAUUGCAAUACACUUAAGAUCAUGUACGGUUGUCCUCCAUCUGGUUAUGGACCGACACCGCAAUGCGUUGAUCCUUACGCCUCUACGUCCGGCAUCAGUUUAACGCCCAAUCCCACUGUGCUGCAACGAACUAUACAGUGUGCCAGCAGCUCCGCGACAGUGACUACUACCGGCAACGCAUAUCAAGUUGGUGCUUUUGUGGUCAACGGUCUGCAAUGCGAUCCCAACUCCAACGCCCAACCCACAAUCACUCCAACCGUAACCGGUUUAGGCGCCCGUUUAACCAAAUACGCCAACCCUAUAGCCAUACAGGCUAGCACCGGCCUCUUGGCAACAUACGCCGGAGGAGCGGGCACCACCUGCCAAUACGUCCUGGAGUUCACCUAUCAGGGCCUACCUCUAUCGGGGCAGAUCAACCAGCAGAUCACCGUCAACAUCCAGAGCACGCAGAAUGGUGUGUCCACCACCGUGGCCGGCUUGCCGGUAACACUGAACCUGAACUGCGCGCCCCAGUUCACGACCGUCAGUGUCUUCCAAUACGGGCCCGCAGCCCAACUGGCCUCUACAUUGACCCGCACACUAGGCGGUACCGCACCGAACAAUAAUAUCCAAGUCGUACAAAAUAAUAAUCCCAAUCCGACGUCAUCGCCAUCAUACUCGAAUGCACCGAACCUCUUUACGCCAUACAUAGUACAGUAUAACGCUAUCUUUGGACAACGGGGAGCCCUCAACGCCGCCGCGGUCACUCCUCUCGUUAAUAAGGUCUUCGUUAACUGCGGCUUCGCGACGGGCGGUAAUAUUGGAGAUGGUGGAGCGGCACAGCUCGCUGGUACUAACGUCAUUGGACAAGUGCAGGCAACGGAUCCCGAAGGCGGUAACAUCGAAUACUACGUGUGGAGCGAGAGGUUCGGAGGGGCGGCCGCUACACCUGGGGAACGUUUUGCGAUUACCAGCGACGGCAUUCUGGUUUUAAGCGCCCUUGCGCCUUCGCCCAAUAUACCAACUGCCGCCGUCGAUGGACAAAUUCCCCUGGACACAAGUUCCAGCACCCUUGGUGGUCUCAACGCUAAUACUGGUGCCACCACGGCACCGGCCGCCGCCGCCGCCAAUGAUAUUAAUGCCUACCGUAACGCUAUUAUUACCGCUGUGGAUUCGACGGGCGGCAAGAGUACCAUACAGAUCAGUCUUUACUUAGCCUGUGGUACCACACAAUAAUCAUGUGGCAAUUAUAAUGAUCAAUUCUCAGAGCCGAUUUCUUCGUUCUCUUUGUCGUGGUUUUCUUAAUCUAAAGCUAUUCGAUGAGCGAUCUGAUAAGUUUCUUACUUUAAUCAGAUGGAUUACCGAUUACGGUAUAACAAUAAAAGACUUUUGAUUU